AUGCUCAAACUUGCCAUGCCAGGCUUUCAGCACACCUGUUUGGCUUCGGCACCUGAAUUGGUGACCGGCUCUCCCUGCAUCCCCGAUGCCUACAACUCUGCCUGUCUACUCGAUGGCACCACCAACAGGAUGACUUGGGGUCUUCUUGAAGAUAUGCUCUUCGACUCUGACCCCACGGGUGCUUUCACUGACUGCCUAAUGGCUCUACUUAGCGCUGUACGGGUCCUAGAGGUGAGCGAAAUUCCUUUCGAUGUUCAUAUUAGUAGUAUCACGUUAAACCGACCGUGUCAAUCCCGCUCGGGUUGAUUCGAAUCCCUUGCUAUCUGCGAAUUUUGUUUUUGUCGCUUGCAGCCGUUGAUAAUAAAUGACUCGUGCGGAACUUUUUGGUGAGGCUCUCUUCAGACUCACCACAGAAUUGAGAUUGGGCAAUAGGGUGCCAACUGCUAGGCCCGGGCGCAAUGAGGAUUUUGGAACAACUGGGACGACCUCCAUUUUAAUGUUUUAUAGAAAGCAUCAUACAUCGCCCUACCAGGCUUUCGGCUAAGCGUUAAGUUAGCAUGUUGAUUCGGUCCCGGCUGAUAACCCAACUUACUUAUAUUGGAUCGGUUAACAUGGGCGUUAUUCUAAUUGAGGUUCUGGCUUCCCCAAAAGCAGUUCACUUUGGCCCCGUGUCUCCUACAUGUGUUUUUUUGUAGAACGAGUCAGGAGCACGACAGUCCUCGCCGACGGCAGAGGCGGCGGCGGCCUCUGCCGUCUCCGCAAUCGCCACUCUCGAAGCCGGUCUGCCAUUGGCCUACGCCGGAUGUCUGACCGGCCUCGGGUCCUCCGCCGAGUACACCACCAUGUUUGCAGAUACACUGCUCGCGGACAAAGGCGCCCUCAUUCCGGCCUUCGCCACGGCUGCGGUAGCUACUCGCGACUGCGAACUGGUUGGAGUGCCCCCUCUCUCCGCAAUUUCUACUCGUGCUGAUAAGGCGGCCAUGGCGCUGGCGGCCGCAACUGCGGCGGCGAGCUCCACCUCCGACUUAACCGCAGCGGGGCUUCCGCAAACGGACUCCGCUGCCGGGGGUCCGGCAAUUUGCGGAAAGUCCUCGGC